AUGAGUGAAUAAAUCAAUCAAAAUAUACCAUCUAUUCAACCUCUUGAAAUAGAUUUAAGUGAUUCUUCAAACUAAAAUUAAAUAGAAAAUACAACAAAAAACAAGGAAAUGAAAUCAUCAAUUACUUAAGCAUCACUUAAUUUAUACAAAUGUUGUAUAGGUUCAGGUAUUUUGGCUGCACCCUUUACUUUUUGGGAAGGAGGAUAUUUACUCACUUCCUUUUGUUAUUUUUUGAUUUGUAUCCUAAUGAUAUUCUCAUAAUUAGUAUUUAUACUCUUAAUUAUUAGAUGUUGCUAAGAAUUGUGGAUGAAAUCAAUCAACCCAAUUUAGGUUUUUCUGAAAUAACUCGCAUAAUCUUAGGUGAAAAUUAUGUAUACCUUAACAAGUUAUUUAUUAUUAUCAUGUAAUGGGGAUGUUGUGCAUCAUAUAUUUUAUUUUUUAUGGAAUUUUUAGAAUUUGCAAUAUACCAUCAUUAAGAUGUAGUAUUUUCUCAUCAAAUAAUCUAUUUGUCAAUUGCCAUGUGCAUUAUCAUCCCACUAGUUUUCAUUAACAACAUGACUUUAUUUACUAAAUUUAGUACAAUUGCAAAUGUAAUAUUUAAGAGUAAUCAAGAGUUUCAUCAUAAUUACCCUUAUUGCCUGUAUUGUUUACUUUAAUAUUGAACUUGUUUAGGAGGUCAACUAUAAUGAUAUCCCAGUUGCUAGACUUAGAAAUCUUCCUUUAGUCAUAGGAGUGGCUCUCUUUUCUUUUGAAGCUAUAGGAACACUCUUAGAAGUUAGAAAGUCUAUGAAAGAACCAGUCAAAUUUCCAAAAAUCAUGACUAUAGUUUUCUCUGGUUGUACAUUGCAAUUCUGGAUUUUUGGACUUCUAGGUUCAUUUAGUUAUGGAAAUACUACUAAUGAAAUAAUUCUGUUCUCUCUUGGAAAAGGUGCUGAAGCAUUUCAAAUUCUUUAUUCAAUUGCUUUAAUAAUAACUCUACCUUUGUAAUUAUUACCAGCUUUUCAUUUGAUAGAAAGAAUGAAAUUUGCAAAGAAUUUUACUCGAGAAGGAACUUCAGGUUAUUUAUUUAGAAGAACUCUCUUAAGAUUACUUUAAGUUUUAGCAAUCGCAGGUUUAACAAUAGGAAUUCCUUAAUUCUCUCUCUUAAUAACUUUCAUAGGAGGAUUGUGUGGAGCUGUUCUUCAAUUUUUUUUCCCUUUAAUGUUUUAUCUUAGAUGGGAAUGGAAAUAAAGACCCUCAGAAUUGGGAGGUCAAAUUUAUGUAUUUUCAAUGUGUUUAGGCUGUCUUCUCGGCUUCGUAGCCGUAGCUGAUUCAAUUUAUAAAAUAGCCACAUAAUGA